AUGAUGCCGCUCGCGCCGACGCCAAUCGUCCCGGUGCCUUCUAAGCCGAAGAUCGGCUUUAGCAUCGACUCGAUCGUCGGCGGCGGGCAAGGAGGCCGUGAGGCGGAUCGCCUGGACCGCCUGGAGCGAGUUGAAAUCGAUGGCAGUCCGAUGGAGAUAGUUGAGGGCUCGUCCUCGCCGCGGUCGCGCCGGGUCGCCACGAGAUCGCCCGGUGCUCAUUCUGAAGGCUCCGAUCGACCAGUUUCUAGGAGUUCGUCUGUAGAAUCGUAUCCGAAUUCACGACGGACACCGUCGCACGCCACUAUUGGUAGUGGCGGCGGCGGCGGCGGCGGAGGAGGUCAUCAUCACCUUCAUGGUACCAAUCACCAUGGUAUUCCGCAUCAUCACAAUCUGACAGCGACACAUCUAGACUUUAGUCGAACAACUGUUCAUAGCCAUAGCGGCGGCUCCACGCCCAACAACAGCCCCAGUCCGCCGCACAGGAUACCACACGGGGAUUCACCGGUCGGGUCGCAUCCCCAACCGCCCCCAGGGGUGGUCAGGCCCAGCCCGAACUACCUCGCGCCACCACCUAGCGCCGCGACGGCCGCGGUCAUGGCCGCGGAGCAGCUCAAGUCUCUAUAUGGACUACCAGCCAGCCACAGUCCCGCGGGACCGCAGACUGGUCAAAAUGAAUAUCACACGCAGCAAUUGGCUUUAGCUGCCAAUUUGGCUGCGGCCCAGCACUUCCAGGCGGCGAAUAUCGCGGUGGCGCUCCAAGCGCAUCACGGCGCGACGCCCCAUGGACCGCCACAUGGGCCUUAUCCGCAUGGUGGGACCCCCGGCGGGCCACAUCCACCUCCUCAUCCUCAUCAACCGCCUAGAGACAGCUAUCCCCUAUACCCUUGGUUACUCUCGAGGCAUGGUAGAAUUUUUCCACACAGAUUUCCUGGAGGUCCUGACAUACCCGGCUUCUUACUUCAACCCUUCAGGAAGCCGAAGAGAAUAAGGACAGCCUUCAGUCCAAGCCAACUGCUCAAGCUGGAACACGCCUUCGAGAAAAAUCACUACGUCGUCGGCGCAGAAAGAAAACAGUUGGCGCAAGCGUUAUCAUUGACCGAAACUCAGGUGAAAGUAUGGUUCCAGAAUCGGCGGACAAAACAUAAGCGAAUGCAACAGGAAGAAGAGGCGAAGGCUCAACAGCAAUCUGGUGGUGGAGGUGGUGGUGGCGGAGGCGGUGGUGGAGGUGGUAACGGAAAUGCGAACAACAAUAGUAACAACAAAAACACGCAUCACGUUAGCAAAUGGCAGCAAGAGACCGGCGACUAUCAUCACGAGGACGAGGAUGAAGAGGAACACAUCGAUCCGGAAGCCGAGGAAUGCUCAAGUGGCUCUGAAGCGUAG